AUGCCCCCACCCGAAGCCCACAGGACAUUGAAGCGCCCCCGUCAGGAUGAUAAUGACUCCAUGUCAGCGGGCAGGUCUUCUGGUGUUCAAUACAACGGCGCAAGGGUGAAGCGCGAACAAAGUCCGACCCCUCCGCCUCCACAACGGAAAUUGGUUGUGUCCGGGACAAAGCGCUUUGCCCCCUUUCCCUUGAAUUGUUUGCCUCCGAAUUCUGGGUACAAGGAGCAUCGAAGGAUAUGGGCCAAAAAGUGUCAAAGUGAAAUUGAGGCUCUGAAACUUCAAACGGAGAAGUUGCUUAUCAGAGAUGAUGGUGUAAUAGUAGAUUGGAAGAGUCCGGUUCCAGUUUGGUCAGACACUUUGCAACCAGUCGAACUUGAUCUUGCUGCUACGAUCACACUUGCACAUCAGGCAAAUGCUCAACAGCGCAAUGCUUCUCUUCACCACACACCUGAAGACCGCUCCCAGUCGGCUGCAUCACUUCCGUACCCCCCAUCCACACAGAAACUCCCCAUCCCACCACGGCCACGGAGGAAUGUAGCAUCGCCAUCUGUAUCAUCCUCACCCGCGGGAGGUUCAAAAUCUCAGGCACCACCUAAGCCCGAUCCUCCAUCUACGGAUGUUCCCGCUCCAUCGAGGCCUUUGAACGACCUUCCAACGAUCGUGAUAGUACCCGAUGAAGAGGAACAAAUGUCGAAAAUGACGAUGGAAUAUCUCGAAAGAUACUUCCAAAUGUUCGAUUCGGAUCGUGCCAGUCUUGCUUCUGCAUAUUCUAGCAACGCGUGCUUCUCUUAUCGAGAAGUCAAGUGCUUCUCUCCUGGGUUGCCCCACUUGCAACCCCCGUUACCUCCAUCUGACUCCAUCAAACGUACCCGGCUCGACAUAACCGCGACCCUCCUUUCCCUACCCCCUUUGCAGCUCUUGCCGUUGACUGGCUUGGCAGCGGACAUUGACUACGACAUCAUGUGGCUUGGUGGUCCCGUUGGAAUGUUUGCCACCUGCGGGGGCGUCCAUCAUGGGCACGCCUCCAAGCGGCCGGUGACACACAGCUUUUUAUUGCGCCAAAAGGAGGCAUACGAAGAAGAUGCGAGGGCUGACGGCGUGUGGCCAUUAGUUGCUGUGGCACAUCAGAUGAUGGUGUAUGAUAGCGCGUAGAUAUAGCUCAUCUUCUAUCAGUGCUUGGUUGUGUGCUCACAUACUCCUAGUUAUGGUUAGAGAUAAAUGAUUUAGUGCAAAUAUCCGAGUCUUCCAUCAGACUAUGACACAGUUGUAAUAUGAACAUUCGCUCUUGUGGCUUGUAGCGCCUAGCAAAUCUAGACAUUCUGGUGGUAGUCCUCGGAGAAUGCGAGUGACGAAAUCGAUUACUCGGCAGCUCUGUAGUUGAC